UUAUAUACGUGGGUCCAUUUUACUGACGGGCUUCACCUGCUUGUCAACGAUGCAUGGACAUAUCCUCCCAGGUCGAACCCCUCGGGGCCUAAAUGACCCAUAACCUUUCAGAAUGUUCCUGUCGGAAGGGCCUCCUACGCAAUAAUCACUUAUCUUGGAUGUACAAGUUAUGUCGCCACAGUGGUAAUUUGAUGCAUUAUCACAAAUUAUACAUUUAAAUAAUAUAUUUAAAUACAUUUAGCACGACAUUCAUUUUGUUCGUUUAUAAAAUGAACAAUCAAAAAAUCAAACGACUCGCAAUGACCAAGAAUAUCGUAGGAAUACAACGAGGGGAGGAAAGCAUGUGCUCCAGUUGUAGCUCAUUGGUGGAGUCAGGCGCCCACUGAUUGACGCGCAGUAAUUGGCGCAGCUGCGCCUCCUGCGUUCAGUCCCGUCUCCACGCGCCCGCGGAUCUGAGCUUGAGGUGCGUGGAUUGCGGCGCGAUCUAUCGAGUCGUUGAUUGAUCAUCCCGCCAUUCGCUACAUCGAAGGUGAUGAAUGGCUGAUGCUUUGUUUACGUGCGUAGAUCAUCUGCCUACUUGCGGUAGGCGUACUUUGUCAUAUGCAAUACAUUUAAACGAGGUUUUUGAGCUCAGGAGCAACAAAAUACUAUUUUAUUGUCCUACAAUAUGAGCGAGGCGAGGGGAGCGUGCCGUAGACGCCAGGUGGUUCCAGUGUUGGCUGGAGGACCAUGAGAUGCAGCGGCAUGGAUCUGUUCUGGAGAAUCUUAGCUGCCUUCAGCUUCGACUGUUUUAAGGAUUCAACUUCGAGGUCUCCCACAAAGCUGGGCUCCAGCCGGGCCGGCAGCCUUGGCAGCAGCUCCCUGACGGGGUCCCUGUCCCUGGGGCCCGAGUUGCCCCACUGCCAGAACUGCAUCUCCUACGACGCCCACCUCAAGCGCCUGUCCUGUGGCCACCUGUACUGCAGCGCCUGCACCGACCACAUCGUCAACAAGGCCUUCGAAGACAUCGAGGGCCUCUCCGACUACCCCUGUCCCAUGUGCAAGUCCAUCCGCCAGCUGGUGGGGCUGGGGCCCGGGGCCCACUCGGGCUGCUUCUACGGGCCCUACAGUGUCCUGCAGACCGCGGAGACUGAGCGCGCCUGCUAGCGCCGUUCCGAUGGCUGGUGACUGCAGCUGACGGACACGUCGGAUAGGUGGAAUGUAGGGGGGGGGGGGGGUGGUUGCUCUACGUUGUUGUGGCUGCCCGUCUGCACCCUCCUCAAUUGCUUCUAUGAGUGUCCUCACCGUCCCCGUGGUAACUAGGUACCCAGAUACCAAAGCCUGAUGUCUGAUGCUCUUAGGGCACUGGAUGGACGGACUGACAGACCCACAGGCAGGGCAUCGGGUUUGGCUAAUCGGAGGCUCUUCUGUAUGACUGUAAACCGCUGGGCAGGGAAUCGUUGGGAUCAUCUGCACAUGUGUUGUCCGUGGCUGUUGUUCUGGUGUCCUCCGCCAAAUGGAGAUCUGUGUCAUUACAGAGAGUGGCCGCCGAGCACCUCGGUACACUGAAGGGCCCCUUCCUUAUCAACAGGCGUGAUGCUGAGGAGCCACCUCAAUGUAGCCCGGAUGUACGACGGAUAGGUCAGCCUACCCGUUGGUACGGCCCACUGGGCAGGCUGGUGUGCAGAUCUGUCGUCACUCAGCUAGGCGGACACUUGGUGGUUAAGAGAGGGUAGGUAUUAUUGUAAUGGCUAACCAACAUUCCGCCUGGUAGUAAAAUAGGGGCCCUCUAACACACUCAUAGGAGUUUAACAUGCGUGGUUUUAGAUCAUCAACCCCAGUUGAGAUUUUUUUUACAUUUAAAGCUGUCAAACAGUUACUCUGCGAGUCAAUGUCUUGUUUUCUCUGAAAGUUUAAACAUUUGCACUUUUUUUUGAUUUUACUGACUUUUAAUGCUUAUUGUCAAAGAGUAUUUGCUAUUCUGCUUAAAAGGGUUUCAGAUGAUAUUGUUCAUACUUAUUUUGUUUAGAAAAUAAAGCUUGAGCUGUGUUUGACUCCCAA